AUACAUUUUCGGGGACAGAUCUUAAAAACAGAAGCAUAUUUAAGUGAUCUGGCGUUAACCGGCUGCGAAUUUGAUUCGCAGUUAGCCCAGUAUGCGAAAAUAAACGUUCACAAGGUGUUGAAGUCGCAACAAUUGAUAAGUAUUUUCUUGCAAUCCUCGAUACGUGAGGAUACUCAUUUUCGAUACUUUUCCAAACAAGUAAUGGAUCUGGUGUACUACCUCUAUCUUCUAUCGGCCGAUUAAUAAAUUGCCUUAAUUCAAUUGGUACUCUACCCGCUUCAGUAAAUUUAUGGUAGGAAAGUUUCUUGACCGUUUCUUAAGCGUUUUUUUAUAUGAAGUUUUUACAAUUCUUGAGAGCUGGAUACUAAGCUUAUAACUUGAAACUGGUCACUUAAUUAAUAGUAAAGUCGAAUGUCAAGAAUCGAUUCUUAAUCGACUCCGACUACUGAAGAUCGAUUCCGAAAACUCGAGUAUUUUACGAGAAAACUCGAUUCUCGAGUAGAAUCGGAAUCGAGUUUGCCAUCCCUAUUCCCUACUCCUCUAUACGAUGAAACCAUUGUUAAGACGUAAAGUUAGCUGCAGAAAACAAAUGCUUCUAAAAAUGGAUAAUUAUAAUAGAGUAAUAAGAAUGAUAGAAAUGGUAAAAGCCAACCCUUGUCUCUAUGAUAAAAGAUACGAUGAUUAUAAGGACUUUAAACACAAAGAGCGGGUUUGGAAGGAAAUUGCCAAGCAAGUAAAUCUUUCAGUAAGCGCGUGUAGGACAAAAUGGAAGAAUCUGCGCGACAAAUAUAGAAGGAAGAAACUUUCCGAAGAUCAACCGUCUGGAUCAGGAAACACUUGGAUGUAUAUGGAGAGUUUAGAGUUUUUGUCGGAUAUAUUGGAUCCUAUCAGUACAAACACUAACACAUCAGAAGAGUUAGUAGAUGAUCAGAUAUUCCCCACUAAAAUCAGUAACGCUAAAAUGGACACAUCAGAAGUGUUAGUAGAUGAUCAGAUAUUCCGCACUAAAAACACUAACGCUAAAGAGGACACAUCAGAACUGUUAGUAGAUGAUGAGAUAUUCCGCACCACACCAAAACCAAACCACCAAAAACAUUGCAAAGAUGAUCUCUUCAAUGAUGUGCUGAAAGCAAUGAAGAGGAAAUAUGAAGGACCACAAUUCUCAAACAAUCACAAAUAUGAACAUUUCUUCGGUAUGCUUGGGAACAAAUUGGAUAAACUAACAGAAAGUGAAGUUGAUGAAGUGGAAAUUGAAAUUUUAAACUUGGUUACCCGAAAACUUAAUGCAUCCAGAAAAAGCUCGAGGGGUACUCAUCGAUGAAAUCAUAUGAAUAUUUCAACUUCAUUCAUUUUCUGUUAGUUUUGCCAAUUUUUGUUCGUACUACAUUAUAGCUAGGAUAAUAAAACAUUAUAUUUUAAAUUUAAGUUACUUUAAGACAAAAAUAUCUAAAAGAGAAUAAAUCAUUUUCUUAUUGAUAUUUAUUUAAA